CAUGGAAUUUAAUGGUGAGUGUGAGUCAAUAUGAGGAGAAUGUGAAGGGGGAAGGUAUCUCCUACCCAAUUACCCAUCCCUUUUAGUCGUCGCUAGCGCGUUUCAGUCCUUCACCGGCCAAGCCAUUACAAUAAAUACGAACCUACCUUCUCUCUUCUCUCAAACCUUCCAUUCUUACACAGUCUUAUUAAUUCUAUAUCAUCAUCCCCCUACCUCCCUCCUGCUCUCUGAAAGCUGAAGCUCACAGCAGAAAAUAUGGAAAAAGCAGCCCAAGAACAGAAGAGACCAAUUUGGGAUUGUGGUAGCUCACUCUACGAUUCGUUCGAGCUCAAUGCAUUCAAACGCCAUCUUGACUCAGCCAUCGCCUCUAGGACCAUGUCUAUGCCGCGGUUAUCCGACCCAGUUCGGCCACCCCAGGCCCAGCCGGUGCCCAAGAAAUCUUCCAAGAUUUCUCGCUCCCUCAACAGAUUUCUUCGAUCAGUUUUUCGAUCAAAACCGAAUCCCGGCACCAUGUAUGGAGCAGCGGAGCGACCACAACACGAGUCGCCGUACACGUUUUAUGAUCCAUCCCAUACGCUUUCAACAAUUCCAGAGGUUGCAGACGUGGGUAUGAACUACAACAACAUGAUGAUCAGGGUUUCUCCAGAGUUCAACUCACUCUCACUGCCAAGGAGAACCACCUCCGAACGGUUUACAGCAACUAGAAUUGGUAUUUCCUGUGCUUAAUUGAUUCAUGUUGAUACGGUGUACAUACUUGCUACUCAUCUUGGGUAGUUGUGUGUGUGUGUGUCUGAGAGAGAGAGAUUAUUGUGUUUAAUGACCCUUGUGUAGGACUACUUUACCCUAAGAUCUUAUUGAUCACAUCGCAACUUAAUUCGGUAAUUGUCAAUAAAGGAAAUCCGAUUUCCAGUUAGCUACGCACUGGAAAUCGGCCACGUUAGACUUAAUAA